AUGGAGAAGAAGAUUACGGAGAAGAUCGCGGCAUUGCCGCCCGACGCAAAUUACUUUUCGCUGGAGUUCUUCCCUCCUAAGACCCGGAUGGGUUUUGCGAACCUUUCUGCGCGUCUGGAGCGCAUGGCUCAGGCCCUGCGUCCGUUGUUCGUGACGGUCACUUGGGGUGCAGGUGGAAGCACGGCGGCCCGUUCCCUCGAGCUGGCGGAGGUCUGCCAGCGCCAGCUGCAGUUGACGACCGUCCUGCAUCUGACAUGCACCAAUAUGAGCCGUGCAUUGGUGGAUAUGGCCCUGGAGGAGGCCAAGGUGCUGGGCAUUCGCAAUAUUUUGGCCCUCCGUGGAGACCCGCCUCGCAGCGAGGAAUACAAUAUGCAUGGAGAGGACGAUAGCAACAAGGACUUCACCUUCGCCGUGGAUCUAGUUCGAUAUAUUCGCAAGCAGCAUGGUGACUACUUCUGCAUUGGUGUUGCCGCGUACCCAGAGGGCCACCCUGCCGACGCUUUCCAGGAAGUUCAGGAUCCCAUGCGUGAUCUGCCCUAUCUGAUCGAGAAGACCGUUGCCGGCGCAGACUUCAUCAUGACCCAACUCACAUAUGAUCUCGAGGCUUACACAAAGUUUGAGAAUAUGCUUCGCAACCAUGAGUCUGGGGUCUUCAAGACCAUCCCCAUCAUUCCGGGCCUGAUGCCCAUUCACAGCUAUAAGAUCCUCACUCGCGUGACAAAGCUCAGCAAUGUGCACAUCCCGGCCCCCAUUGCCAAACGCAUGGAAGAGUUGAAGCAUGAUGACGAUGCUGUCAAGCGGGCGGGUGUUGACGUCGUCAGCGAUGUCGUGGGUGGUAUCCAAGAGCUCAAGUCGCCGGGCCCGCGUGGUUUCCAUUUCUACACUCUUAACUUGGAGAAAACCGUUUCUUUCAUCCUCGAGCGAUGUGAUUUGAUCCCGCCAUUUUCGACCAUUGACGAAUCUGCCAUUGAAGACGUGGAUGUCUCUGUUUCUCUUGAUACCCGUGCUCGCUCGCUGGCGAGACGCCGGUCUUCUGUCAAUUCGCAACCACACAACCGUGUCAUUGUGGACAAGUUUUCUGGAAAAGAGUCAUCGCAUGAUUCCGUACAUGAGGCGCUGGCAAACAGUGCCGGGUUGCCGGCAAUGCCUCCCGGCCGCGGGACCACUCUUCAAAUCUCGGAGGGCCUGGGCGCUCUUGGCCGAGAAGCUACAUGGGACGAUUUCCCCAACGGCCGAUGGGGUGAUGCGCGCUCACCUGCGUUCGGUGAAAUUGACGGCUAUGGGCCUUCACUCCACGUCACCUCCGCGGUCGCUCGACGACUGUGGGGCCACCCUGUCGAACACUCCGACAUUAACACCAUUUUCCGUCGCCAUGUCACUGGUGAGCUGUACAUGGUCCCGUGGUCAGAGGGCGGUGCCGAAGAGGGCGGCGGCUUGAAUGCUGAGACAGACCUGAUUCGUCCUGAGCUUCUCAAGCUCAUCGACGGCCGCGGCUGGUGGACACUGGCCUCCCAGCCCGCCGUUAAUGGUGUCCGCAGUGACGACAAGAUCUUUGGCUGGGGCCCACAGCGUGAGGGUUUUGUCUUCCAGAAGCCGUUCGUCGAGUUCUUCUGCCCGGACAAGGAUUACAAAGAAAUCCUCAAGCCAUUGUUCGAGAAGCACGGCCAUGACAAGCUUACCUGGUUCGCCACUAACCAGACUGGAGCUUUCGAGUCUUCCCUCCCCAUACAGCCUGCUGACAUCGACCUCGAAGAGCUUGACUCAAACCCGGAAAGCGUCAACGCCGUCACCUGGGGUGUCUUCCGCGGCAAAGAGAUCGUCACCCCUACUAUUAUCGAAGAAGUCAGUUUCCGUGCCUGGGGUGAGGAAGCGUUCCGUAUCUGGGACGAAUGGCGUCGCAUUUAUCCUCACAACUCACCCACCGAGCGGUUCCUAAACACCUCCAAGAAUGAGGCCUGGCUUGUCUGCGUCGUCGGACAACAGUUCGGCGCUGGUACCCCACGCGGCAGUAAAGAGGAGGAGGAUGAAGUCAAGUGGAUGUGGCGCGUGCUGGCAGGUGAGGCUUAG